AUGGCUAACAAAAUGAUGCCCUCGUUCGACUAUGGUGCAGUGGACUGCAUGCACGAACUUCUAUUCAAUCGUACCUAUUUGGGACAAGUUGAUCAAGUGUGGAAUCUGACAAUUUACGAAACUCAACCUUAUGUGAGUAGAUGUUUGAAUCACCGUUCUGUUUUUCUCCUCCUCUUCUAG